AUGUCAGCCGAACGUAUUUUUCAACAAGCCGAUACAAAUCAUGACAAUCGAUUAGAUAUAAACGAAUUUCGAAAUAUUGUUGGUGGAAACGUAUCUGGUGGAGGAUACGCAUCGGGAGCAUACGGAUCGGCAUCUGAAGGUUUUACUAAUUAUGGAGCAGCUGGUGCAAGUUUUGGAGGACUUGCCCAAGGUGGUUAUGGGGGUUCUGCGUAUGAAUCAUCUUCAUAUUCAUCAGGAUCAGGAUUUGAAGGUGGAUAUGGAGGUGGAUAUGCAGGUGGAUAUGGAGCAGGUGCUGGUUCUGCAGAAUUUAGUGGCGCUAGUUAUGGCGGCGAUGCUUUAGCAGUACAACAAUAUGGAGGACAAUAUGGAGGAAGUGGUGCACUUUUUCAAGAUAGUAAUCCACAAAUUAUUCGACGUCCAGCUCCCGGGGGUGCUGUUACGUACAAACAAAAUAUUUUAGUCAAAUUUUUACAGCCACCACCAGUACCACCCCCAGGCCCACUAAUAAUUAAAGAAGUUCGACCACCCCAACCGCCUCCACCUCCACCACUUAUUAUCAGACAGCGACCGCAACAACUUCCACCACCACCACCACAACCACCUCAACCGAUUGCCAGUCAAACAGUUAUCAGACGUCUAAAUGCAAUUCCUGUACCACCACGUUCAGUUAUCAUUGAACGUUUACCACCUCUUCCACCAAAACCACGUGAUAUUAUUAUUGAAAGAUGGAUACCAUAUGGUGCACAAGCUAAACGUCGAGUAAUUGUUCAACGUGCUGCUGCUGCAAGACAGUAUGCAAGACCACGAAAUAUUAUCAUUCAAUAUGAACCAAUUCAAGCUCGUAUUGUUCGACAAUUUCAACGACUCGGAGUUACGCCAGAAAAUCCAAACGCAUAUGUUGCGAGAUAUGGUGCACAAUUACAAGAUGCACAAAGUUUGGUAGUAGCAGCUCGUUCAGCAGGAGUUGUUGAAGAUAUUUCACCACCAGGAGGAAUUGGAUUAGCAGGAGGAAUUGGAUUAGCAGGAGGAGUUGGAUUAGCAGGAGCAGCGCAAUUUGAACAAUCGGGAGCAUCAGCAUAUGGCAUUGACGCCGGUGGUUAUGGAGAAGCUGCUUCAUACGGUGGCGCAAAUGUUUAUGGUGGAGGAAGCUCUUAUGAAGGAGGAAGUGCUUAUGGAGCAGAAUAUGGUGCUGGAGUAGCUGAAAGUGCGUAUUCAUCAGCCAGUGGAUUUGAGGGUGGAUAUGCACAACAAGGUUAUUCAGGAGGAUUUGGAAGUGAAGGAGGCCUAGUAAGCGGUGGAUAUGCUGCUGAGCAGACUUACAGUGGUGAAGAACAAGGUGACCAAGGUGGAUACUGGCAGCGAGAAGUCGUAUCCGCAUCGAGUGUUGAACGCGGGUUAUAA